AGUUCUAUCAACCCAACGCGUCUGAUUUCCAGGCCGCGAGCCUGACAACAUCAAUGAUGAACUAAGAGAGAGGGGGGGAUGAUGAGCUUGUGGGGAAUGAAUGAAGCUCGAUGUGAAUGUGCAGCUGCUUUUAAGCUCCGCCCACCACGUUUCCCCAGGGUCUCUUUCCUCGUACUUUUUCCCUAUUUGGGCUUGCCAUCCCUUCCCUCUCCCCAAGGUGCACACAUCCUUCAGCGGCGCUAGUUGACAGUUUUGCUCUUGGGGAGGCUCUUCUUCUAGUCACCAGGCUGCCUUGGAAACCUGCCUUGUUUGUACUCACGUAACCCACUUGGGUUUCUGUGCCGCCUCGGUUAGUCGCCACCAUGGUGAGGGCUCGUUUAGCAUCCGCCAUUGCCCGGGCUGCUCGCGCCGCCGCUGCAUCACGCCCGGCUCUUGCCUCAGAGGGAAGAGCACUUUUAGCCGCCUCCGCCUGCAAAGGAAGCGGAGCUGCUGCCGCCACUGCUGUCUGGACUUCCGCGAGGACCAACGGUGGAUUCAGCAAAUGGCUCCCAGCUGCAGCUUUUCUGCCUGCUGCUGCUUUGAUGCUCCAGGACCCAACAGUCGAGGCUGCUGAGUUGGAGAGGACUUUCAUUGCUAUCAAGCCUGAUGGUGUUCAGAGAGGCCUGAUCUCGGAGAUCAUUGGGCGCUUUGAACGCAAGGGUUACAAGCUUGUUGCCAUCAAGCUCAUCGUGCCAACAAAGGAGUUCGCUGCUCAGCACUACGAUGACUUGAGCUCUCGUCCCUUCUUCAACGGCCUUUGUGAUUUCUUGAGCUCCGGCCCAGUUGUUGCCAUGGUGUGGGAAGGCCAAGGUGUGAUUAAGUACGGGCGAAAGCUGAUCGGAGCUACCAGCCCCCAAGCUUCUGAGCCUGGGACUAUCCGGGGAGACCUUUGCGUUCAAGUGUCAAGGAAUAUCAUUCAUGGCAGUGAUGGACCUGAAACGGCUGUUAACGAAAUUGGGUUGUGGUUUAAGCCUGAGGAGCUUGUCAGCUACACCAAGAAUGACGAGAAGUGGCUCUAUGAGUAGAGGAUUGAGUAUACAGUUUUGCUAAUUUGAGUCUAGGUUUCCCUGGGAAGGACCAGCUGAGCAGAAAACGCUGCAAUCUUCACGUAGUCAGGAACGUGAGCACAUUUCUUUGAAAUCAUGUCAAUGAUUGUAUUCAUUUCACAAUCAUGAAACAGUUUCCUGGCUGCUGCUAAUGUCAAUUCUGCUUUCUCUAUUCAA